UUCGGUCGGUGCAGAAGGAAAUGGAUGGAAAUUCGUGGAACAACACCACCAUACCCAUCAUCGUAUUUUUGCAAGAUGUUUUGAAGUUUGCAGUGCUGAGGAUUCCCAACUGGUUGUGGUCGACCCUGCAGAACUGAACCACUACGUCCCCCUGUCAGCCUACAUGGUUCAAGGCAGACUCCUGAUUUCUCCUAAGGCAUUCCUGCUACACUGAGAUUCAUCAUGUUGCUCCGUGUCAUCCUAACCGAAGAGGACAUUCGGAGGGUCAUCAUUGAGAACAUGCCCGACACGGUUGAUGACCUGCACUUGAUCCUCAAAAACAAGCUUGGAUUGGAAGGAGUUUUGAGGGUACAAUUUCAAGAUCCAAUGUUCAAUAAUGAGCUUUGCAACUUGAGUAACAUGUCAGAUCUCCCUAAAGAUAAAGUGACUUUGAAAGUGUUCAGUCAGCCUCUUGAAGAGCUCCAAUUUCCUACAGAAGAACAUUAUCAUACAGACUCAACUUUGGACACUGCAAGCUUAAUCACAUCCCCUGAGUCGAGCCCCAGUCGAGUCGAGUCCACCCCAAGUCGUCGUCGCCAGCUGCCUCUGUCAUUUCAGAUUCCUGCCUUUGCAUUUGAUACAGAGCUAAGGUUAAGGCAGGGAAAUGAAGCCUUCCAGAAGGAUGGAACCCUUCUUGAUAUUUCCAAAGGUAUGAAAUCAGACAUUUUGGAAAAAUUAGCAGAAGUGAUUUAUGCCUUUACCCCCCACGUAGAACCUGAGGAAAUUGAUAUGGUGGCGCAAGCCCUCAUCAAAAAACAUCCAUGUCUGAGGGAACCAGGGUCUGUUGCUGGAUGGUACUGUUGGAGGUUUAGUUUAAAAUGUAAAAUGGGUAACUUCAGACACAAGCUAAAAGAGGCUGGAUGUCAAGAGCUCAAGAUCAACUCACGGUCAUCCAGCACAUCUGGGAAAAGAACUUUUAAGAAGGCUAGAAAAUCAGAAGUCAACUUCAUGCCAAACAUCCCGGAAGGAAAAACGAAUCAUUCCCUUGACGAAGAAAGGACAGCAAUGCUCACAGAAAUGAAGAAGAGGAAGGUUGAUUGGACGAAAAUUAAGGCGAUGAUGACCAGCACAUUCUCUUUGCGAAGAAAGGAAAUCGUUGAGGACCAGCCACUUGUGACGGUCAUCAAAGAUAGAUGGCCAGCACUGUUCUCUGAACGUCAGAUUGAAGCCGAGUUUGCUCGCCUCACCACUGUUGACCUGAAAGGCUGUUUCUUUGCUGGCCUGGACAAGUAUCUGCAGAGGUUUAUUGAUCUCUACAGAGCCAAGACUGGUGUGGUGGAGCUGAAGAAGCUGUUGACAACACUGGAUAGUGAUUGUUCCAACCAAUGGAGAAGGACCAUCGUGCUGAUGGGGCUCCCCCACUACCUCAAAGAUGUUGCGUCCAACUUUUACAAGAAAGUUCAGGCCACAGAUGCUGAGGAGGACAUGACGAGAGGAAUGACCGUGGGCAUCCUCGUGGUGGCAGACGGGAAUGAUACUUUUAGUUUCGCUGUGGUCAUCGAGGAAGAAAUCAUCCUUCCGUCGCUCAGUGAUUUUCCAACAGCUGUGGCACUUCUAAUGGGUCUGCUCUACGCAUUGAACAUUGACUACCCCAAAGAUACAAGGUACACAUUUGAAGUCAUUCAGAAGGUGCUCAUGGACAUUGGUGGAGGCCAUUGCACUGCGUUGGUUCAUGGCUUGAGAAACAGACUCUUGAGGAAAACCAUGUAAGCUUAAAGCAGAGUUUAAGCUUUGGCCAAAUGUGAACAAAAUGUGAACUUGAUUGAGAAAUGGACUCUCUUGUUGUUUUUGUUGUUUUGUUAUUUGGGGGACAGAGUAACACAGUAACAGACGGUGUUUGUUAAUUUGGGGGACAGCGUAACACACAUGGUAUGGAUUUCUUUGGGGGACAGAGUAACACAGCAACACACACGGUGUGUAUUUAUUUGGGGGACACAGUAACACACACUGUGUGUUUAUUUUGGGGACACGGUAACACACUCGUGUGUAUUCAUUUUGAAGGACAGUAAAACGCACAGUAUGGAUUUAUUUUGGGGAAGGUAACACACACUGGGGUUUUAUCCACAGUGUGUAUGUGAUCAAUCUUGUUGUUUGUGAUGCACUUUUUUGAUGCACCUUUUUUAUUCUUUGGUUAAUUGCUCUAUUUGUAACUGGCUGCACAUUGUUUAAUGCCAAAACAUUUGUUUAAGAGGUCACCAAAAUGGAAAAUGUUGCCUUAAAUUUCUAUUACUUACAAUGUAAGAUACAUUUUAGUAUUGGUGAUUGCCUAAAUAGGAUGCAUUAAAUAACAGAUAACACAUGAAGUAUUAUGGUAGUAUGAGUAUCUGCCCAUAGUGAGAUGAUACAAAUGUUCCAUUUUGAUGACAUCAUGUGUUGGUACUGUUUUAAAGGAGUAGCUCAGCCUUCUUUUCUAUCAAUUACACACCUAAUGAAGCCUUCAAUUCAUUUAUUUUUAUUUUUGUUGCAUUCCUAAUUGAGACAAAAAUGUGAGUCUUCUCUCUUGAAUCAAAUGAUUGGCUCGGUGAUACAAAAACAAUCUUCAUGAAUUCAAGCCUUCAUGGGGUGUGUAACUGAUAGAAAAUAAGUAUUUGUUCCAAAAAGUAAUUGUAUUUACUCAUGUGUUUCUAUUAAAGAA